AUGUACACGAAACCUGUACCACCACAGAGAGGCAGCUUCCCACUCGACCAUGAUGGCGAGUGCAAACAUGUCAUGACAAAAUACCUGGCAUGUAUCAAGAAAGUCAAGGGCGUUAAUGAGGACCAGUGUCGUGAGCUUGCCAAGGCAUAUCUAUCAUGUCGCAUGGACCGUGACCUGAUGGCAAAAGACGACUUCAAGAACCUGGGAUUCCACAAUGCUGCAGAGGACUCUGCGUCAAGCAAGGCAGCCGGUGGGAGCGAAGCUCAAGGCAAGGGAGCAUAG